AUGUUACUGCACAAGACUAUCCUGAACCACGCUUCACCCGUCAGUCCAUAUAUUUUCAUCUCUUUCCUGCUCGUCCUGCUCCCGGGGGUAACUCAUUUCUCCCAGGGCCAUGAAGAUACAGGCAGCGCAGCAGACAACUGCUCAGUUGCGAGUAACUGCUCCGAGGGUGUGGUGCUGCCCUUGUGGAACCCACAAAACCCUGCGGUGGGCGACAAGGUUGCACGCGCCAUAGUUUACUUCGCAGCUCUUAUAUACAUGUUCCUGGGCAUGUCCAUCAUUGCAGACCGCUUCAUGUCGUCUAUCGAGGUCAUCACCUCUCAGGAAAAGGAGAUCACCAUCAAGAAGCCCAACGGCGAGAUUACCAAAACGACUGUGCGCGUCUGGAAUGAGACAGUGUCCAACCUGACCCUGAUGGCACUGGGCUCAUCAGCUCCAGAGAUCCUGUUGUCCGUCAUCGAAGUGAUCGGCCAUAACUUUGAGGCUGGCUCUCUGGGCCCCAGCACCAUCGUGGGCAGCGCUGCAUUCAACAUGUUCAUUAUCAUCGCUAUCUGUGUCUUUGUGGUGCCAGAAAAUGAAGUCCGCAAGAUAAAGCACCUUCGGGUGUUUUUUGUCACUGCUGCCUGGAGCGUGUUCGCCUACAUCUGGCUGUACCUCAUCCUGUCUGUGUUCUCCCCCGGAGAGGUGGCCCUCUGGGAGGCCGUCCUCACCUUCCUCUUCUUCCCCCUUUGCGUGCUGCAAGCCUGGAUCGCAGACAGGCGCCUGCUCUUCUACAAGUACGUCCACAAGCGUUAUCGCACAGACAAGACCCGCGGCAUUAUCAUCGAGUCAGAGGGCGACGCCAUGUUUACCAAAAUGGACUUGGAGAUGGACGGCCAGGGCGGGAACUCCCACACUCACCCUAAAGAAGCUCUGGAUGGGAUGCUGGAAGGGGUGGAGGAAGGCGGAGGUAGCACGGAGCAAGAUCAAGAGGAAGAGGCCCGAAGGGAUAUGGCUCGCACUUUGAAAGACUUGAAACAGAGGCAUCCGGAGAAGGACAUGGAGCAACUGAUUGAGAUGGCCAACUACCAAGUGCUGGUCCAGCAGCAGAAGAGUCGGGCCUUCUAUCGCAUCCAAGCCACACGCAUGAUGAUCGGAGCUGGGAACAUCCUGAAAAAGCACGCCGCUGAUCAGGCCAGGAAGGUCGUGAGCUGUCAUGAGGCGAGUGGGCAAGAAGAAGAUCCCAACACCAUCUACAUGCAGUUUGACCCCUCUCACUACCAGUGCUUUGAGAAUUGUGGCUCACUAAAGGUGUCAGUGAGCCGCCAUGGCGGAGAAAGUGGCUGCACUGUGAAGGUGGACUACCGUACAGAGGAUGGGACAGCCAACGCAGGCUCAGAUUAUGAGUUUGCCGAGGGCACUUUGGUCUUCAAGCCCGGUGAAACAACAAAAGAAUUCACUGUCGGCGUUAUCGAUGAUGACAUUUUCGAAGAGGACGAGCACUUCUACGUGCGCCUCAGUAACCCACGUAUCGUGCACCGGGCCGAGGUCUCUGUCCUGGAGCCGAGUUCCAUCUCAUCCAGCAACAGCGCCUCCCACGCUCCUCCAAAGGCAGCCCUGGGCAGCGCUCACACUGCCACGGUAACCAUCUACGAUGACGACCACGCCGGCAUCUUUACGUUUGAGAGCAGCUCCUCAAGGGUCAGUGAGAGCGUUGGCAGCAUGCAGGUGAAGGUUCACCGGACCUCCGGGGCCAGAGGGAAGGUGGCGGUGCCUUACCACACAGCCGAGGGCACUGCCAAGUCCGGGGAGGACUACGAGGAGGUGUCUGGGAAGCUCGAGUUUCAGAAUGACGAGACCAUGAAGAUGCUGAACGUGAAGAUCAUCGAUGACGAGGAGUACGAGAAGAACAAGACCUUCACCAUUGUGCUAGAGGAACCCAUCCUGCUGGACGUGGGACAGAGACACGGAGACACCAACGAUAACAAGACAGCACUGGGACCUGAGGAUAUAUCGAAGAUGGGCUGCCCCUGUCUGGGAGAGCACACCAAGCUGGAGGUGGUCAUCGAGGAGUCUUAUGAAUUUAAGAGCACAGUGGACAAGCUCAUCAAGAAGACCAACCUGGCUCUGGUGGUUGGGAGCAGCAGCUGGAGGGAGCAGUUUGUUAGUGCCGUCACUGUCAGCGCAGGUAACGACGAUGAGGAGGACAGCGGAGAGGAGCACUUGCCGUCUUGCUUCGAUUACAUUAUGCACUUCCUGACAGUUUUCUGGAAAGUCCUCUUCGCUUUCGUCCCGCCCACUGAGUACUGGAACGGCUGGGCCUGCUUCUUCGUGUCCAUCUCCCUCAUCGGCGCCCUGACGGCUGUGACCGGGGACCUGGCCUCCCAUUUCGGCUGCACCGUCGGCCUCAAAGACUCCGUCACCGCCGUGGUGUUUGUGGCCCUCGGCACCUCUGUUCCAGAUACAUUUGCAAGUAAAGUGGCCGCCAUCCAGGACCAAUACGCCGACGCCUCUAUCGGUAACGUGACCGGCAGCAAUGCGGUGAACGUGUUCCUGGGCAUUGGCGUGGCAUGGACCAUCGCGGCGGUUUACUGGCGGUCCAAAGGCAAGGUGUUCAAGGUGAACCCGGGCUCCCUGGCUUUCUCCGUCACCCUCUUCACCGCCAUGGCGGUGUUUGGCGUGUUGGUGCUUCUCUACCGCCGGCGUCCCGGCGUGGCGGGGGCAGAGCUCGGGGGCCCACGGACAGUCAAGCUCCUCACCUCCUUCCUCUUCGUCUCCAUGUGGUUAAUCUACAUCCUGCUGUCCUCGUUGGAGGCGUACUGCCACGUGCCGGGCUUCUAA